GUACCGGACAUAUCAGUCAACACAACCCACAGCACUAUGUCUGGGCGAGGAAAAGGAGGAAAGGGACUCGGGAAGGGCGGCGCUAAGCGCCACCGAAAAGUUCUUCGUGACAACAUCCAGGGCAUCACCAAGCCCGCUAUCCGUCGUCUGGCUCGCCGAGGUGGUGUGAAGCGUAUCUCUGGCCUGAUCUACGAGGAGACCCGCGGUGUCCUCAAGGUGUUCCUGGAGAACGUGAUCCGUGACGCAGUCACCUACACCGAGCACGCCAAGAGAAAGACCGUCACAGCCAUGGAUGUGGUCUACGCCCUGAAGAGACAGGGUCGCACCCUGUACGGUUUCGGCGGACCCAAAUCCGCGCCGAAGAAGGGCUCCAAGAAAGCCGUUUCCAAGACCGCAGUCAAGGGCGGCAAGAAGCGCCGCAAGACCAGGAAGGAGAGCUAUGCCAUCUACGUGUACAAGGUGCUGAAGCAGGUCCACCCCGACACCGGCAUCUCCUCCAAGGCGAUGGGGAUCAUGAACUCCUUCGUCAACGACAUCUUCGAGCGUAUCGCUGGUGAGGCCUCUCGCCUUGCUCACUACAACAAGCGCUCCACCAUCACCUCCAGGGAGAUCCAGACCGCCGUCCGCCUGCUGCUCCCCGGGGAGUUGGCAAAACACGCCGUGUCUGAGGGCACCAAGGCGGUGACCAAGUACACCAGCUCCAAACAAGCAAUGGCCAGAACCAAGCAGACCGCUCGUAAGUCCACCGGUGGCAAAGCCCCAAGGAAGCAGCUCGCCACCAAGGCGGCCCGUAAGAGCGCCCCGGCCACCGGCGGCGUGAAGAAGCCCCAUCGCUACAGGCCCGGUACCGUGGCCCUGAGAGAGAUCCGCAGGUAUCAGAAGUCCACCGAGCUGCUGAUCCGCAAGCUGCCCUUCCAGCGCCUGGUGAGGGAGAUCGCCCAGGACUUCAAGACCGACCUCCGCUUCCAGAGCUCCGCCGUCAUGGCUCUUCAGGAGGCCAGCGAGGCCUACCUGGUCGGCCUGUUCGAGGACACCAACCUGUGCGCCAUCCACGCCAAGAGGGUUACCAUCAUGCCCAAAGACAUCCAGCUGGCCCGCCGCAUCCGCGGAGAGCGUGCCUAAAGCGACCUUCGUUACAUCCCCACAACGGCUCUUUUAAGAGCCACACAAUUUUUACAAAGGCUUCCUUUUGA